GAGUGGGCAGGAAGGAGCCCUUGGUGAGGGUCCUCAGUGUCAGCCAAUCCCUGGUGAAGGAGCAUCCAGGCCACCACCACCCGCUGGAGGAGGGAUGGAUGGCUGAGUUGGCCUGGCUGUGCAGGAUGAAAGAUGGAGAGGCCAGGCCCUCCCUCCUACUAACCCCACCCCUCCUGUCUGUCUAUAGGGGCUGACACAGCCCAUUCUCAGGCCUAGAACCUUCCCUUGUUAAUCCCUGGGGCCUUUGUCUUUGUUGUCAUGAGACCUGAGGGGGAUGGGGACAGUGUUGAUAAAAGGCACCAAAGGCAGCUCCCACACCCUUCCUCAGAACUGGCCCAAUGCAGCCUCGGACACAGCCCCUAGCCCAGGCCCUGCCCUUCUCCCUCGGAGGGGCCCUGCGAGACACAGGGCUCCGGGUACCUGUCUUUAAGGUGGGCACAGGGUGGGAAGGCCUGCAGCAGACCCUGAAGGACAUCGCCUAUAUCCUCCUCUGCUGCUGGUGCAUCAAGGAACUGCUGGAUUAAUGGCAGAAGGGAACUACCACCUCUCCCCACUGGCAUCACUCAGCACCCAGCCCAGCCUCUAUCAAGAUUCCCAGGGCCAGCUGUGCUUGACCAAGGAUGGAAGAGUGAAGCGUGGACCCUGCCUUAAGUUGUGCCACCUGUCAGACCUGCUUCAUCUCUGAGCCUGUUCCCAGCCCCCACCUUAGGGGACCUCUACUGGCUAGGACCCCAAUAAGAUGGCCACCAGACCUGGCAGUGAGCCCACCAGACCAGAUAGUUGGCUUGACUGUACUCUCUUGGUGCCAGCAAUGGGCCACCCCUAAAGUACCUGUUUGAGAGUCACUGAAUUGUAUAUGCAAUAA